AUGUGAGAUUGGAAGAAUAAUUUUUGCAUGCAUACUCCGGGGAAUCCAACGUUCGGAUGACAGGAAUCAGUCACGCGAGACUUGUCAAUGCGACGAGAUUUAUCUUUUUAUAUUUUUACAUUCAUCCUCCCGGAGUCUGGUAUUGAGGGGAAGAUGUCUUUAACAUGGGGGCCAUUGAUCUUUGGAUAAAAGAAAUUCUCACUGUUUAUGGAUCUACUCUUUUAAUAACCCUGGUGAUUGUUUCUAUCGUCAAUUGGCAGUGGGCGAGAUUUGUCAAGAAUAUCUAUCGAUUGCACCUGGUGGGAUUCGAAGCAGAAUGCGCUGAGUUGGCUGGGAAUGACAAAAAACGUCUGUUUGCUCCACUUAACGGAGCAUUCUCUAAUGAUGAGAUUUUGCAGUCCGAGAGGGCGAUUAGGUUAUUGGAAAUUGGGGUGAAAACAGGGGAGAACAUUCAAUUCUACCCCGACAGAACUCAUCUGAUCUGCGUGGACUGGAAUCGAAAGCUAGAAGACUACCUAACGAAGAGCGAUCGCGCCUGGCAAUUUUCCCACGUCAAAUUCGAGAAGUUGAUAAUCGGCGAUGGAACGUCCCUAAAAGCAAUCCCGAGUAACUGUGUGGAUGCAGUUGUCACCGUGAGGUCAUUGUGUGCGUGUUCGUCAGUGCGAGAGACAUUGCGGGAGAUUCGAAGGGUCCUGGCCCCGGGAGGAAAAUAUUUCUUCUUAGAACACAUACCCGACAAAGAAGAGACAUUCGCCCGUUGGCUGCAGGGUUUCCUAACAAAAACAAAAAUCUACCCAUCAUUAUUCGGUGAUUGUAGACUGGACUCAAAUCCCCUCUACGACAUAAAGACCGCUGGUUUCUCGAAAGUUUCCUGCGAAUCGAUUGUCCUCAAAGGCUACGUUACCCACCCAUAUCAUUUAUAUUUAACUCGCAACCACAUUAUGGGCACUGCCACUAAAUAAUUGAGUAAAAUACAGAUAUAAAAUCAGGUAUUUUUACAACCAAUGAAGAAUCAUUGUACAAUAGUUUUUAUUAGCAAAAGAUACUCAUCGAUAUACAUAUUUACAAUGGCACUCUGCACGUUGAAAUUAUCGUCAAUUAAUUAAAGAAAUUAAUUUGAUUCAAUUUCAUUGGAAGGAUUCAGUAAUAAAAAAAUCACUCGUGCCG